UUUGCUUCAGGAAGCCGAGCUCGUCUGGAUUCCCACCAUGGCCUGGGCCCCUCUGCUCCUCACGCUGCUCACGUACUGCUCGGGUUCCCUCUCCCAGUUUACUCUGACUCAGCCGCCCUCAGUGUCAGUGUCCAUUGGCAACACAGUUAAACUCUCCUGCACCAUUAGCAGUGGAUACACAUUUGGAGGUGUCCGUUGGUACCAACAGAAAGAUGGGAACAGCCCAAGAUACCUUCUGAGUUACAACACUGACUCUGACAAGCACCAGGGCUCUGGGGUCCCCAAUCGCUUCUCCGGUUCCAAAGACGCCUCUAAGACAAACGGCUACUUAACCAUCACCAGCGUCCAAGCAGAGGAUGAGGCUGAUUAUUACUGUGCUGCAUAUGCUAGUGGUGCUGCACAGAAGCCGAGCUCAUCUGGAUCCACCAUGGCCUGGGCCCCUCUGCUCCUCACGCUGCUCACUUACUGCUCAGGGGUCAGUUCGCAGCCUGUGGUGACUCAGGAGCCCUUGAUGUCGGUGACCCCAAGAGAGGCUGUCACUCUGUCCUGCAGCAUGAGCACUGGAGCCAUCACCACCGGCAACUAUCCAGGCUGGUACCAGCAGAAACCAGGCUCUGCUCCUCGGACACUUAUAUACAGCAGCAAUACCAGACUCUCCGGGAUCCCUGACCGGUUCUCUGGGUCCAUAUCCGGUAACAACGCUGCCCUGACCAUCAAAGGUGUCCAGGCAGAGGAUGAGGCUGACUAUUACUGUGCUGUAUUGACUGGUCGUGUGAAUCACAGUGAUCCAGCCAGAUGGGGAACUGAGACAAAAACCUCCCCUGUCUUCCUCCCCUCCAGCCUGGGCUCUGCGCUGGCUGCACAGUUUGGUUCCUGCCUGCAAUAUGAGUAG